ACUGCUGUGCUGUGCUAAAGUAGAAAUCUAGCCAAAAAUAGAUUUUAGUGUGCUCGAGCGAGUGUAGUGUGGCACCGGUGUCAUCAUCUGUUCCUCGUUCCCAAUUCAAUAUGGCAGAGGAGUCACAAGUAAAUCAGAUGGAAUCCUUGAAUAUAGGCGAAACUUCAGGAAAUCCUGAAGCUGUCGAAGAUGUUGUUGACCCUUGGAAUGUGCAAACAUCUUCCGCCACAGGAAUUGAUUACGCCAAGCUGAUAGUAAGAUUUGGCAGCACGGCAAUUGAUGAAACCCUUGUGCAGAGGAUUGAGCAAGUGACGGGGAAACCUGCGCACCCAUUUUUGAAACGAGGAAUUUUCUUUUCACAUCGUGAAAUGAACAAGAUCCUAAACCUGUAUGAGCAGAAGAAACCAUUUUACCUGUAUACUGGAAGAGGGCCUUCAUCUGGAGCAAUGCAUGUUGGACAUUUGGUGCCAUUUAUGUUUACAAAGUGGCUGCAGGAUACCUUUGAUGUACCCUUGGUGAUUCAACUGACUGAUGAUGAAAAAUAUCUGUGGAAGGAUCUGAAAGUUGAAGAAGUUCUGAAACUGGCUGUCGAAAACGUCAAAGACAUCAUAGCUUUGGGUUUUGAUGUGGAGAAGACCUUCAUCUUUUGUGAUUUUGAUUUUAUAGGGCAGUGUCCAGAAUUUUACAGAACGAUGGUGAAAAUUCAGAAGCAUGUAACAUUCAACCAAGUGAAAGGCAUCUUUGGCUUUGAUGAAAGCAGUAGUAUUGGCAAAAUUGCUUUCCCAGCUGUACAAGCCACUCCAAGUUUUAGUGGAGCAUUCCCGUUCAUCUUCAAUGGAAAGAAAAAUAUUCAAUGUUUGAUUCCCUGUGCUAUUGAUCAGGAUCCAUACUUUAGAAUGACAAGAGAUGUGGCUCCCAGACUGAACAUGGUGAAACCUGCCCUUCUUCAUUCGGUUUUCUUUCCUGCAUUGCAAGGGGCCACUUCCAAAAUGUCUGCAAGUGAUCCAAACUCCUCCAUUUUCUUGACGGACACUCCAAAUCAAAUUAAAAAUAAGAUAAACAAGUACGCUUUCUCCGGAGGUCAAGCGACAGUAGAAGAGCACAAAGAAAAGGGAGGCAACUGUGAUGUGGACGUGUCCUUUCAGUACUUACGCUUUUUCUUGGACGAUGAUGAGAGGCUGGAGCAGAUCAGAAAGGACUACACAAGCGGGGAGCUGCUGACUGGCUUUCUGAAAAAGGAACUAAUAGGUGUGCUGCAGAAACUUAUUGGGGAGAUCCAAGAGAGAAGAAAAACUGUGACAGAUGAAGUAGCCAGAGAGUUUAUGAGACCAAGAAAGUUAAAAUUUGAUUAUUAGUUUCAGUUUGGGUUUUUUUCUUUCUUUUUUUUUUCUCUUUGGUCCCGGUAUAGAGUGUAUGCUUCAUAAUGACUUAAGUGAGUGAUCUCUAUAAAUUGCUUCCCAGUUCAGCAAAAGUCUGUGUAAGCUCAGUCUUUAGAUUGUCAUGGCUGUCCAUUGACCUGUUGAGGAACAAAAUUCUUUUUACAAACUGGGCAAUAGUCUGUUCCCUUUUUAUCCCAAGUUUUUUAGCGAGGACUGAACACAAAUAGAAUGUGAUCAUGAAUUAUUAAAAGAAAGGGAUAAAAUUAAAGUUUAGGAUUUUUUUUGUCCCGGAGACAAAAGGACAGUGGGAAUGUUCAUCUCUGCUCACAUAAUUUGUGAAAGUAUAGUCCUCUUAUAUCGACAUCCAAUUUAUCGACAUAUUUUUCCAAUUACUAAAUUUUUCCUUCAACAUCUUCACUAAACAAUCUCUCUUAUCUCGACUUUUUUUUCUUUGGCCCACUCUGCUUUAUCGACAUGCUUCCUCGGUACCUGGUGAAGCCAAUGAACAUUAAUGGGGGGAAAAGCCGCGCCAACGGUCAACACAUUAGUUCUUCAUUAAAUCAACAUACCCGCCAAGUAGCCUAUUGACACACCAGGCUUUAGUAGGUCAAGUAGGACCUACACAGUGUAGUCUCCAACACAGUACAGUGCCUCCUCCCUACCCCCACUCCUGAUCGUGUUGUCAUUUUACCGCUGACCUCCCCUUGUUUCUUCCUCUUUGGCUUUAUAUUUUUAUAUAUCGACAUCAAAUCCACUCCCCAAAGCAUGUCGAUAUUAGCGGAUUAUACUGUAUCUCAUAAUUAUGUGCAGGCUGGUAGCUUUUUGUCAGAUGUAGUAAACAUGUUAUUGAUUUAGUAGCUCUUGUUUCUUGCAGAUUGAUGCAGGUGUCUUGUUGGAGUUGUAAUUUUUAAUUCCGAAGCUCCCUUGGCAUACCCUUCAGCCGAAUAUUGUGAAGACUUGUCUUUGACUACAUUUACCUUCACAGUAAACCUCGAGUCAAUUUUUACUUGCGUAAAAUUGCUUUUAUUUUGAAAAAAAUAAAAAUGUGUCGUUGAAAUUGUCAUUGAAAUUAAGGUGAUUUGUGUGGCAACCGCUGAGCAGUACAACUUAUUUAAGUUUUAUCUGUAUCAGGAAAAGUUUUCGUCGCCAAGUUUGUUUAGAUUUAAUGUAUUGCAAUACUCUGUGAUUUUUUGAGCCAUAGAAACAGAACUGCUGUGCAGUGUACGAUACAAGAGAUGGUAAUGAAAUGAAAUAAUGAAACCACAAAUUUUUACAAUACCACUCAAAUUUGGAUUUAUUUGAAAAAUUCUUGCACCAUUUUAUUGGAGCGUAAUACAUGUAAGUACUUAUCCAAGUACAUGUACAUGUAUUUCUGUAAGUUCAGUCUUGUUGCUUUUAAAUCUUUUUUUCAAGUCUGUUAGAAAUAUUGUUCUAUUAGGGGAAGUAUCAAUAGUAUGAUUAUGAAGUCCAUGAUGUUUGACCAAGAAUUUUUUUUUCCCGAUCAUACUUAGCCACAGUUUUUUGGGGGGGUUCCCAUUUUUAAACUCAUUUUUUCAAAUUAUGUUAGUCAUGGAAGAUUAUAAGUGUAUAAAUGAAUCAAUGUCAUAAUGUAUUUAUUAAAUCACUUUGCUUCAUGCUCAA